AUGAUAACGCGAUUCAUCACCGAGGUGAACACCAAGUUCAACCCCUUCUCGAUGCGCUCGCGAGCCACGAGGCUAUUCCUCAGCAGCCUGCCGCCCAAGGCCCGACAGCAAGGCAUGGCCAUAACGACCAGUCUUCUGCCCCGAACCUCGACCGAAGCCAGCAGUUUGAAGAUCAAAUUCAAGGAUGGGAAAGAGAUGAGCCUCGACGGCGAGAAACUGGGCAUCAAGGGUAUAAUCGAGGAGGUGGACCGACACUCCAGAGCUCUGCAGAAGCAGGCAGACUUAACCGACGGUUAA